AAGAGAAGCGGGAAAACGUUUGACACUUUGGCCCUGCUGACAUGUUAAGUGGUUGGAAGUAUUCAUAUGAUAAGCCCUGUUUUCUACUGAAUAUGACAAUGAUAUUUUGUUUUGACUGAUUAUCCUAAUCUUUUGACAUUUCUCUUCAAGCCCUUUUUUAUUUUCAGUCUAAACAUUUAGGGACUUAAAGGAAUUAUUUAUCAACUGCUAGAUUGACUGUACGAAACGUAUUAUUCUUGAAAUUCGGCGUAAUUAAUUUGUUAUCAAGUUUCUGUUCUGAAAUUGUAAGUAAAAUGAAACUCCUACACCUGAAGAACAAUUUGACAAGAGCACAUCCCACUGCUUCAGAAUGUUUGAGAUUCUUCAGUACCAGGCCAGACGAUUAUCAGUAUAUUCAAAGGAGCAAAGUGCCUACUCUUCACUUUCAGAAGUCUCUUCCUCGACUCCCCAUCCCCGAAUUAUCGAAUUCCUGUGCGAGAUACUUAAAGGCUCAGCGACCUUUAUUGUUGGACAAGGAAUAUUCUAGAGUUGAAAAAACGGUUAAAGAAUUUGAAAAGUAUGACGGACCGUCCUUGCAAGCUGAACUUGUUGAAACAGAUAAAAAUAAUCGGCACACCAGUUACAUUUCUGCACCUUGGUUUGAAAUGUAUCUAAAAGACAGAAAACCUUUGCCAAUUAACUAUAAUCCUUUUUUGGUAUUUAUUGAUGGUCCAAAACCUGAGUACAAUACACAACUUCUUCGUGGAACAAAUUUGUUGAUUUCAUCUCUCAGGUUCAUGAAAUCUCUUAGAAGUAACCUCUUAGAACCUGAAGUGUAUCACAUGAACCCUAAGAAAUCAGAUACAAGUUUCUUUCGAACCGUAACAGGCAUGUUGCCAUCUUCUGUUAGUUGGUAUGGUGCUUAUUUAUUUAAGGCCUUUCCGUUGGAUAUGGUUCAGUAUGAAAAUUUAUUCAAUACUUCAAGAAUUCCAGAAGCAGGAAUGGAUAGAUUGUACCAUGACGCAGAUACAAAAUAUAUAAUUGUGAUGAAAGGGGGCCAUUUCUUUAAGAUGAAUGUUUUGGACGAAUCAGGCGAUAUUUUAGAUCCUCAAACAAUUUUCACUUGUUUGAAAUAUAUUUUAAAUAAAGAUUUAAGCCCAGCCGAACAUCCUGUCGGCAUACUUACUACAGAAAACCGGGAUAAGUGGGCAGAUGAGAGAAGACACUUAAAAAACAUUGGUAAUGCCGAUUUACUCAGGACAAUUGAUGGUGCUAUUUUUAACUUGAUUUUUGAAGAUGAUGAGCCCACUACUGAAUACGCCAAACUAAUACAAAAGUACUUGCAUUCAGAUGGAGUUAACCGGUGGUUUGACAAAUCGUUUUCAAUGAUUGUCUGUAAAAAUGGCAUUGCUGGGUUGAACUUUGAACAUUCAUGGGGAGAUGGAGUUGCCAUUCUUCGGUAUUUUCAAGAUAUAUACAAAGACUCAACGGAAAAACCUAGAGUCCAUCCUGAUGCUCAGUGCAAUAACGUUUCUCCAGAAACGUUAGUUUCUCAAUUAGUGUUCAAACUUGAUGAUAAAUCAAAAAAAGCUAUUUCUGAUGCUAAAAAAAAAUAUAACCAAGUUACUUCCUCGUUGGGAAUUCAGCUACACGAGUGCUUACAUUUUGGAAGGAAUCUCUGCAAAGUACAUAAAAUCAGCCCUGAUUUAGUAAUGCAACUUGCAUUUCAAAUCGCCCAUUACAAGUUAUCAGGAAGGCUUGUUUCUACAUAUGAAUCUUGCAGCACUGCAGCUUUUAAGCAUGGUCGGACAGAAACAAUGAGGCCUUGCACUGUUGAGACUGCAGCAGUAUGCAAAGCAUUCGAAUCCUCUGUAAAACCUGGAAAACUAGAGUUAUUAGAAAUGGUUAAACAAUGUUCUAAAGUGCAUGGGAACUUAAUUAAAGAAGCUGCAAUGGGUCAAGGUUUCGAUCGUCACUUUUUCGCAUUACAUUUGAUCGCCCAAAAAAGAAAAAAGGUUCCUGAUAUGUUUGCAGACCCGCUGUUCUCUGCUUUAAAUCAUUAUGUCCUUUCGACAUCAACCCUUAGCUCAGAUGUUGUUAUGUUGGGAGCCUUUGGACCUGUCGUACAAGAUGGAUAUGGAAUCGGUUAUUCUAUAUGGAAUGAACGAUUGGGAUGUAUAGUGUCAAAUUAUAAAGAAAAUACAGAUGGCCCUGGAUUAAUACGAUGCAUUGAACAAAGCCUAUCAGAAAUUCACAAUAUAUUGAAAUAAGAUUGACACGGAGGAAAUUACUCGUUGGCCUGUUAUGGAUAAUAACGAAUGUCCAAUCGACUAUUCUUCAUUAAAUAAAGUUCAUAUAGUUUUCAUUUUUUUAAUGCAUAAUUAAAUAAAUAUAUUUUUCUAGA